UGAACAAGGCACUAGUAUGCAACGCUGGUUGCGCCGAAGGCUCUCUUGUUGGCCAAAGUUAUGUUGAAGACUAAUGGUAAUACAUAUAUUUGACUAAUCAGUGAUCAUCAGUUGAUUGUUCAGUGAUCUUGACGUCGCCGAAGUUUGUUGUUACAAACACCUGUUUGCCUACUUCCGGGUUCAAACAUAAUGGUCUCUCAUAGCAGUUUGUUAAGACCAAGACACAAAGCCGUACUCAAGAUAAGAGUCAAGUAUUCUCAUGCUCCUUGGUUGGGGAUUCUUCUUGGAGUGUACGCUACCACACACAUUGCCAAAACUCAUAGGUCAUGAUGUCUUGGAUGAUUGGUCAAAUAGCACUAACAACAAGGGCACAGAAAAUUGCAAUAGACCUAGAUUUCGCAAGGAGUCCUCACAGUUUAUGCAUAGAACGCAUGAGUUACCCUCCCCCUCUGUGAUUGUGUACACUUUUUAAGUCGACCCAUUCUUUGUUAUUGAUUCUACUAACUGUCUUUAGCAGGCCAGGAUGUUUCGUUAGGUAUGAGAUUAGGUAUGAGAUUCCAUGACUCGUGAUAGUCUCAGUCAAUGUCAUGAACAUUAGAACUGCAAUGUGAGACUCAAGGCGGGAAGAAAAACAGGUACGGUACGUGUAGCACACUCUAGUAUCUCAGAUCAGGGUUUUCAGGAGAACUGACGUUUUAUGCUUCCUGGUCCACCGUGUUACGUGAUCUUGAGGACAACGGUAAGCUUGAAGAAAACCUGCCGGGCACAUUGAACAAGUAAGAACGUUGAAUAACCACCCGGGACGAUACUACCGUGACAUGUAACAGAGCAUUCUUGGGGUCACUAAUCUUGGAUACCAACGGUAGACAGCCCAUUCUGUUCAGCGACAGCUAGCUACCUGUGGUAGCAACAAUGUCCACAAUCAUUCAAUGGCGCUGUUUCGCGCCCACAGAGGAAGACGACCAGCGGCUACAGUAUGCUCGCUACGUGAUGAUCGGUGCGGUGAUUGCUAUCGCCAUUGGCCUGGUGCUGUGUAUUACCGUCAACGUAGCAGGGUUGGCUCUGGUCCUGUUGGCACUGGUGGUCAUAUUCGCUGUGAUCAUGCUCAACUGUUAUGUAAGCAUGAAGAAGAGGCAAGAAAGGCUGGACCGGCACCACCGACCACCUGAGGCUGCAGCGGUACAUACUGAUUUGUAUCCCGAGACCACUACUCCCAUCAACACCGGAGAUUCGUGGCUUCCGGAUACGAGUAAUGGCGGAUUGGAUGCUGCUUCAGUACAAGCCGAUCUCCCCACGUACCACGAAGCCGGGUUCCAGCAGUACCCAGUCGUACCUGCGCCAGACGUUCCACCACCCCGACCUGUUGCCGACAACAAUGAACCGCCCCCUCCGUCGUACGAAGACGCUGUGUCAUCAGGGAGAUAGAAAACGUCGGUUGCAAUUUUCCCCCUAACACUUUUCAUAUGUUUUCCACGUACAACAAUUUUCCACGUACAACGAUUAAAUGUGAAGUUUUGAAUUCCGUUUCUUAUAUUGCUGUUAUCGAAGAAAAUGUUCUGUAAAUAAUUUGCUUCGUUGCCGUUCGGAUUGCAAUGACAAAACGCCCCAGCAACUUCGGUGCGAGACUGUUUGUUGACUAGUAAUGUACGAUCAUAGGUCAAGGUAAGGUUAUGCAAAUGCCAUCAAACAGCGCUAGCUUCACCUUGGCUACAGCGGAAACCUAUCCCCCUCUCAUUCUCAACACUCCGGAUCCCUUCCACUGGAGCCAGCGACCCCGCUGCGACUACUCAGCGACCUAAGAGUUACCUA